CUCGCGGUCCUUUGACGCAAAUCAGGCCCGCCCACUUCCUGUCCACGUAAGUGACGCCUGUUGCCAAUCCAAUUAGGCCUUUGAAUGGAGUUUGAUAAUCUGAUGAGAUUACAAGGGUGCGACGUCUUAAUCUGCUCGCCAUGUCGGAGCACGCUGGUCGCCCACUCAACAUGUUUGCAGGUAAAACCGCUGCAAAGUAGUCACAAUAGCAUUAUGAUCUCAUUUUAGGCUGUAUUAUUAUUCAGCCUUUACACACUCCAUCGUCCUUGUGUUUUCAUGUUCCUAUUUUAUAUCUGCAUUGUUGUUUGUCAUCUUAGUUCGGUCAACCAAGCCAUUUGGUGUCUUUUUUUUUUUUUUUGCAUGUUUUGCGUCGUGCGUUAAUGAUGUGUGUCACUUUAUGUGGAUUUGUGCGCCAGCGCUGCUGCUGUGCGUGUCGGCGGUCCCGCUCGGGGCCUUCGUGGACGAGCUGGACGACUCGUGAGUCGACUCCUUUUUCCGUGCAAUUUUCAACUGCCAGUCGCUCCUCAAACUGUUUUCCUGUCCGACAGCUUGCUGGAGACGAGACGAACCGAAGACAUUUGGCUGAUUAAAUUUUACGCCCCCUGGUGUUCAAUGUGCAAGCAGCUGGACCCGCUGUGGCACCGGAUCGGCUCGGAGCUGAAGAGCGCCGGUUCUCACGUCAAUGUGGGCAAAUGUGACGCCGUCGCUAACGCGGGCUUGGCGAAAGAGUUCAAAGUUCGCGGCUAUCCCGCCAUCUUCGUGGAAGAAGGACGUCAAAUAUCCUCACAUAGGACCCCUAACCGAAGACGCCAUCGUCAAAUUUGUUCAUCGAGUUAGCGGUCCGCUGAUUCGACCCUUGACCAGCGUGAAGCUCUUCCAACAUGCUCUCAGUCACCACGAUGUCAUGUUUGUUUAUAUUGGAGCGUCAUCACCACUCAAAGGUGUGUUCUCUGGCGUGGCUCAGGAGAUGAUCGUGUCCACUUUCUUCUUCUCCGCCGGCAGAGACGUCCUGCCCAAGGCCGUGUCGCUUCCCGCUCUCCCGGCCGUGGUGGUCUUCAAAGACGGCGGUUACUUCAGCUACAAUGAGAUGAGCGACGGCUCGCUGAAGGCCUGGAUCAAAAGGGAAAGAUUCAGCAACUACGCCAAAGUGGACAGUUACACGCUGAAAACUGGUCCUGUUGGCGCUGUUGGACGACGACGGCGCGAGCCGACAAAAUCUCCGGUACAAAAGUCUGGUGAAGAAAGUUUCCCAAGACUACAAAGAUGUCUACAGCAGAGACGUCCACUUCGGCUUCAUGGAAGGCGACGACUACAUCAACGGACUCGUCAUGGGGUGAAUACGCUGGCGUUUUUGGCGGUGUGCGACUACGCACGCGUUCGGUUUACGCGCGUUCACGUUUCUACUACCUGCCGCCGGCCUCGCCGGAGACAGAGCGAAACCUGCUGGACUUUUUGGAUCGGGUUCUGGACGGCACCAUCCAGGCGAGUGGCGAGCAAAUGUCAAGAGUUUCCGGAUUUCCGGAUUUGUCUUUUUCCUUAUUCCGCUCUUAGGCCCACGGAGGAAACACAAUCCCUCAGCGAGUCCGACGUUUCAUUUACGAAACCAAAGUCACGCUCCUGGCGCUCUUCGUUGAGGCUCCGCUGCUGGGCUGCUUCCUGCUGGGCUUCCCGCUGGGCCUUUUGGGCUCGGCGUGCUACGCGUGCCGGACGGCGCCGUCGGACCGCCGAGGCCGAAACGACGACGACCGCGGCCGGACCGGCUACUCUCGGAGACAAAUACCUGACAAGAAGUCCGACUGAGCGACAUCGGCGGAACGUCACGAGUCUCUCCCGCCUACAAAUACACAUCGGACUCACUGCGGGCCUUUCAACUUCAGCGUUUCUAGCGAGUGGAUGUGAAAAGGCUCCAAGCUCUGAGAUUCAAACAUCAGGAUGACACGAGCAACGCGUUCCUCUUUGGACGUCACGUGUUGAACAGACUCACACUUAUGUCACAUGUGUUGUCGUUUGACUGCUGCAAAGCUUUUUUUCCACUUGUUGCCAUGAGUCAAAGAUAACAAAACAUACACAAUCAUAAUAUGUAAUUCAUGUUACAAUUAUGUACGUAUAAAUCGUUUUAUUCAUUCA